UGAAAACAAGCUUUGCUUGAACGUGUGCCAUAAAUUCUACUGGCAAUUCGUCGUGUUUCAUUUAAUAAUUUUUUUAUUGUGUUUCGUGAUAUUCCAAGAAAAUGAAGAUGCGCUUAUGCCUAUGGUGCAUAUCCUUCGUAUUUCUGUGCUGUUGUGGUAUUCAAAAUGGGUUUGCUUACAAAAUACCACCAGUUCAACUGGAGCUGAAAGAAGAAGGAUUUCUAGUUUCGAUACCGCAUGAGGCGGGCAUCGAAAAUGUGGCAUUCAAUGUAAAUCGUAAUCGGCCAUUCAAAGCUUUCGAGCAAGGCGAGUUUUCCGGUCGCGUUAGUACGGAAACCAAUAAUCGAUGGAUCUUUGAGAUCAAACGUCGUCUACGCGAAGACGAUACCAUUUAUAUAUGGACUGACGUACAAUUUAAUAAGAACCGUUUUCGUAGUAUGUCCUCGCCGAUCAUGGUAAGUGAGGUGCCGUCAGUGGUCAUAGCUAUAAACGAAAUAGUUAAUGAUAAAAAACCGACAGUGAUAACAACCGAAACUCCACCGGCCAUAGAUCCACGAAAUGACAAUUGUGAGCCAACAUUGACGAUAAUACGUAAUCGUAACGCAUGUCGUGGUGAACUUAUAUUUGAGGAAAAUUUUAACGGCAACGAAUUAAAUGCAACACGCUGGCGUUACGAAGUGCGUAUGCCGCUCGAUAUUGCCGAUGCAGAAUUCGUUUUAUACGAUACGAAUGCAGAAAUUACAAAUGGCAUGCUAAAGAUAGAACCGCGCAUUUGGGGUAAUGAUAACCCGGAUGCUGACAUACGUAGGGGAAAUUUAAAUUUAGGUGUAAGAUGUACCGCCUAUCAGAAUUCUGAUAUCGAAUGUAGGCGCCAAGCCUUCGGACGUGUUGUGCUACCACCCAUACUCACCGCCCGUAUCAACACCAAACACGCAUUCAGCUUCAAAUACGGACGCGUCGAAGUGCGAGCCAAGCUGCCACAAGGCGACUGGCUAUUCCCGCUUCUGCUGUUGGAACCGCUCGCCAAUUUGUAUGGCCAACAAGCAUAUGCCUCAGGUCAAAUGCGUAUAGCAUUCAUACGCAGCAAUCUGAAUCUACAAACUAGUGGUGGCAUUGAAAUGGGCGGUCGUGUACUCUAUGGCGGUGCCGUACUACGCCCCGAAGCGAGUUAUCGCAAUACAUUCAUGGUGAAUACUAGCCGUGAUGCUCAUUUUGGUGCAACAUUUCAUAUUUACUCGCUAACAUGGGACGAUCAACGUUUAAGCUUUGAAGUGGAUGGACAAAAAUAUGGUAGUAUAGAUGGCGGAUUCGCGCAACACGAAAUGGGUCAGAAUUAUGCAUGGACAAAUGGAAAUCAUAUGGCACCAUUCGACCAAGAGUUCUUCAUUACACUUGGUGUCGCUGCUGGUGGACAUGGUGAUUUUUCGGAUGAUAGCUUAUCAAAGCCCUGGGCAAAUACGUCGCCCAAAGCAGCACUGAAUUUUUGGCGCGAUCGAGGCAAUUGGAAAUCAACUUGGACCAACCCAUCACUGAUUGUUGAUUAUGUCCGUGUCUAUGCAAUAUAAAUACAUAACAAAAAUUCUCCAUACUAUGUACAUACAUAUCCGGCAUUUAUUGAAAUAAAUUUGUUAAAAUUUUUUAUAAUUAA